AUGGAGGAUCAGCAGGCUCGUCUCUCAGCCAUUCGACAGACCAACACUCCUGAGCCCCACGGCGAGGAGGUCAACCCAGAGGAGCCUGCCACGCAGGAAUCUGACGCGGUGGUGGACGAGUUCUUCGACGGUGAUGCGUUCGAGCGUGAUCAAGAGGCUCGAGCCGAGGGACAGAACAACUAG